AUGAGUAUUAGUAAAGAAGAGGUGGAGAAAUUUCUCGACGACAACCCUGCAUUUGUAGAGCGAUACUUUGAAAAGAAACUGAACCCUGAGAAUGUAGCCACGGCAUCGAUGGGCGGCCGGCCUGCCGAUUUCACAACUUUCAAGGAACUUGGUCAGGUGGAAGAGAGCGAGAUUCUUUUUGAGGUGAUUCAAGACAUGCAGGAAAAUAUUAACAUGGAGAAGGUUGUUUUCAAGAUCCUGAGGAGAGUAUGCGCUCUCAUCUCAGCCGAGCGGUGUAGUCUCUUCAUGUACCGUCAGAGAAACGGCAUAGCCGAGCUGGCAACGAGGCUCUUUAAUAUCCACAGAGAUAGCACCCUGGAGGAGUGUUUGGUACCUCCAGAUUCAGAAAUUGUCUUCCCUCUGGACAUUGGUGUUUUAGGGCAUGUUGCUCAGACCAAGAAAACAGUGAAUGUCAAGGACGUGAAUGAGUGCUCCCACUUCAGUCCAUUUGCUGAUGAGACUACGGAUUAUGUUACUAGAAAUAUUCUAGCGACACCCAUCAUGAAUGGCAAAGACGUUGUCGCUGUAAUCAUGGCUGUUAAUAAAACUGAUGGUUCGUUUUUCACCAGCUCUGAUGAAGAUAUUUUCUUGAAGUAUCUGAAUUUUGCCUCCUUAAAUCUGAAAAUUUAUCAUUUGAGUUACCUUCACAACUGUGAGACACGAAGAGGCCAGGUACUGCUGUGGUCAGCUAAUAAGGUCUUUGAGGAGUUGACAGACAUCGAGAGACAGUUCCACAAAGCACUUUACACAGUGAGAGCCUAUCUGAACUGUGAGAGAUACUCUGUGGGGCUUCUGGAUAUGACCAAGGAAAAGGAGUUCUUUGAUGUGUGGCCAGUUUUAAUGGGAGAAGCCCAGCCCUACACAGGACCUCGGACCCCAGAUGGAAGGGAAAUAGUAUUUUACAAAAUCAUUGAUUACAUCCUCCAUGGAAAAGAAGAUAUUAAAGUUAUUCCAAAUCCCCCAGACAAUCACUGGGCGCUGAGCAGUGGCCUGCCAACAUAUGUAGCAGAGAGUGGCUUUAUCUGCAACAUUAUGAAUGCUCCAGCAGAGGAGAUGUUUAAAUUUCAGGAAGGUCCUUUAGAUGACUCUGGAUGGAUUAUCAAAAAUGUCCUGUCCAUGCCAAUAGUUAACAAAAAAGAAGAAAUUGUUGGCGUAGCCACUUUUUACAACAGGAAAGAUGGAAAGCCAUUUGAUGAACAGGACGAAGUUCUCAUGGAGUCUCUAACGCAGUUUCUCGGCUGGUCUGUACUCAAUACUGAUACCUAUGACAAGAUGAAUAAAUUAGAGAAUCGGAAGGACAUUGCUCAGGACAUGGUGCUGUAUCAUGUGAAAUGCGACAAGGAUGAAAUUCAAGAAAUCCUGCCAACACGAGAGAAACUGGGGAAAGAGCCGGAAGAUUGUGAUGAAGUUGAACUUGGUAAAAUAUUGAAAAUGGAAUUGCCAGGUCCUAACAAAUUUGGUAUCUAUGAGUUCCAUUUCUCUGAUUUGGAAUGCACCGAACUUGAGCUUGUGAAGUGUGGCAUUCAAAUGUACUAUGAACUUGGAGUAGUGAAGAAGUUUCAGAUUCCACAAGAGGUGCUGGUCAGAUUUCUGUAUUCAGUCAGCAAAGGCUACCGGAGGAUUACUUACCACAACUGGCGUCACGGUUUCAAUGUGGCACAAACCAUGUUCACCCUCUUAAUGACUGGCAAACUGAAAAGUUACUACACAGAUUUGGAGGCUUUGGCGAUGGUAACUGCUGGCUUGUGUCACGAUAUUGACCACAGGGGAACCAACAACCUUUACCAGAUGAAAUCUCAGAAUCCCUUAGCAAAGCUUCAUGGUUCAUCAAUUUUAGAAAGACACCAUUUGGAGUUUGGGAAGUUUUUACUUGCAGAUGAGACUCUGAACAUCUACCAGAAUCUCAACCGAAGGCAGUUUGAACACGUGAUUCAUUUGAUGGAUAUUGCCAUCAUAGCCACGGAUUUAGCACUGUACUUCAAGAAAAGAACUAUGUUUCAGAAGAUCGUUGAUGAAUCCAAAGGGUAUGAUGAUAAAAAGAGCUGGGUAGAAUAUUUAUCACUGGAGACUACUAGAAAAGAGAUUGUUAUGGCAAUGAUGAUGACAGCGUGUGACUUAUCAGCUAUUACUAAGCCUUGGGAAGUCCAGAGUAAGGUUGCUCUUCUUGUGGCAGCUGAAUUCUGGGAACAAGGUGACUUGGAAAGAACAGUCCUUGAUCAACAGCCUAUUCCUAUGAUGGACAGAAAUAAAGCAGCUGAGCUUCCAAAGCUUCAAGUUGGUUUUAUUGACUUUGUAUGCACAUUUGUAUAUAAGGAAUUUUCACGUUUCCAUGAGGAAAUUCUGCCAAUGUUCGAGAGAUUGCAGAAUAAUAGAAAGGAAUGGAAAGCCCUUGCAGAUGAGUAUGAUGACAAAAUAAAAGCACUGGAAGAAGAGAAGAAAAAAGAAGAGGAAAGACUCCCUUCAAAGAAAGCAACCACAGAUGUUUGCAAUGGAGGCCCCCCACCUCAGUCUUCAACCUGCACCAUCCUUUAAAGCUAUUUACUAUCUUAAUGUAACGGGUUGGAAGUUGUAAUUCCUAGUCAUAUGAAUCCAGAUAAAAUGA